AUGCGAUUCUCCACCUCGAGCCUACUGGCGCUUUAUGGUCUCCUAUCAGCCUCCGUCCUCACCGUGGCCCAGCCCAAUGACACCGACACCGACUUUAUGAGUGUGCGCGAGAACGUCGCCAAGGACUAUGAAAGCGAGGGCGACAUUCCAACAGAGAAAUACUUCACGGAAUCCUCCUUUCAUUAUCACUAUGAUGGCCGCUUCGCGGAUCAGCCCCUGCCCGACGAUCAAGUCACCCCCCACCUCUCCGCCCUCAUUCAGACUUAUCUAUCGACCAUGUCAUCUAUCGGCGCCGAAACUUGGAUUAUGCAUGGUACACUUCUUUCCUGGUGGUGGAAUCAAAAGAUCUUCCCAUGGGACAACGACCUCGACGUACAAAUCUCCGAGCCGACGAUCCACUUCCUGGCAGAAUUCUACAACAUGACGGAGCAUCAUUUCGAUUUACCCGGUGUCAACGAGGGCCGCAAAUAUGUACUCGAGAUCAAUCCCAACUACGUUGUGCGCAGUGAGAAGGACCAUUUGAACGUGAUUGAUGCGCGCUGGAUCGACACCUCGUCCGGGCUAUUCAUUGAUAUCACCGCCGUGCGCAAGGACGACGCCCGGCGCGCGCGGGGCCAGACAGAGGCUUUGAUGUGCAAGGAUCGCCAUCACUACCUGGAGAGCCAGAUCUUCCCGUUGCGGGAUAGUUACUUUGAGGACGUGCCGGUUAAGAUCCCGUACUCUUAUACGUUACUUUUGGAGGAAGAGUACGGGCCGAGAGCCUUGACGAAUAAGAAUUUCCAGGGACACAACUUUAACGAGGACUCGAAGCUCUGGGAGCACACGAAACGCAACAUGAAGCGUUUCCUCCGCCGUGGCUGGCGUAUAAGUGAUAUACCCACUCGCUCAGCCAACAACCAGCCCCUCGUUCGCAUGGACGCAUCUUGA